AUGUCGGCGAAACUGUGCAAACCUCAGCACGACGAGUUCCGCCUGCCGAAUCUCAAUAAAGAGAUUCUCGAAGUGAAAAAACGAAUUCAGCUAUCAGAGGGUCAACGUAAGGCACUCUUCGAAGAAAUCGCCAAUGAAAGCAAACGUGACGCUGAUGAAAUAUUGCGUCUGAAGAAGGAAAUCGCCAAGGUGCAGUUGAGUAUCUACGAAGAGCGGAAUAAUGUGUUGGGUGGGUUGCUGCCAAUUGUGCCGCCAUUACCUGCGACUGUGUCAUCAGCGCCAUGUAAACGUGUCACGCAGAUUUGUGGUGUUACACAAAAACCACGUAGGAGUUUAACUGCUGGUUCUAAUAGAAGUUCUGGGGAAGAAUGUGUGAAGAAGUUGUUAACAGGGAUUAUUAUCAAUGCAGGAAGUCAAAAAUCGUUGAAAGAUAUCGUAGAGUAUUUGGAUUUGCAUAGAAUAGAUAAAAAUAAACAAUUGGAUCUGUUGAGUUAUAAAUAUAAGCAGAAAGAAGCUAAAUUGAAGAGUUUAGCUGUGAAAUAUCAGAAUUUGUUGAUUAAAAAAGAUGUGCAGAGUAAAGAAGAGUUGCAGGAUGAAAGAAAGGCAAAGAAUGCUAUUUUGGCGAAAGAUUAUCGGAAUAGGAUUAAUGCUGUGCAAGUACAAGUCAAAGAAGCGGAACAUGUGCGGGUGAGGUAUAAGGAUAUUCGAUGGAAGUUGCAGGAAGACGCUGCGAAGUUUGAGAGCAAGAUGGCGGAUAUUGAAUUGGAAUUGAAGGCACAAGAGGCUGAAAUACACAAAAUUAAACAGGUUAAUAAAGAAGCCCUGAAAUUACGUUCGGAAGCACGUCAUGCCCUCCAAAAAGAAGAACGCCAAGUCCUCGCGGCGAAUGCAACGCGAGAAAAGCAAACUUACGAAGGAACGCGUCUUGUAGAAGCCCGUCAGUGUGAUCUAGCUCAUCUCGAGAAACAUUUCUACCAAAAGAAACCCCAAAGACCUCAAGAUCAACAAGAAAUCAAUCAAGAAGAAAAUGAUAUUAUCCCUCUUGAAGAAGAAGCCCCCAAAGACCCAGAACAACAACUUAAGGAAGAUAUUGAUAUCCUCAAUGAAGCCACAGGUAGUUCUUGCAUAGAGGAAGUUUUGGCUAAAGUCAAAGGCCAAACAACGACACAAUUAAGACUUAUGACGUUAAGAAAAACCAAAGAGAAGAUUAAAAAUGCAAAACAGAGGAAAUAUGAUGUCACACUGCAUGAAUUAGAAAAGUUGAAGUUUGCAGAUGAUAAGAGCAAUCAACAGAAUCAGGAUGAUGUUGAUGAUGUAAAAUCAAAAAUUCAAGCUGAGAAUACCACCAAGAAAGAAACCGACAUAAAAAUUGAUUACAUCAAUGGAAUUAUCGAGAAAAUCGUUGAUAAAUUACUCAAUACAUAUCUGUGUAUGUAUCAGGAGGAAGAUGCAAAUGUUGAUCAGGCAUCCGCUGUUGAAUUGAUCAAGAAAAUCAACAUUGGGAUUGAAAAUCUUCAACGAGAUGCCCGGGAAAGACCUGCAACUGUAGAAGAAUUAUUAGAGGAAAUGAAUGAACGCGAAGGUAACUGGCUGCCAGAACCUUAUAAUGACAUUGUACGACGUACUCCUGUGAUUAAUUCAGGAGCACCAACACCAGUUCCAGCACAAUCUGUUGCAGGUGGUAGUGAAGAUGAAGAAGAGCUCCCCACAAGAAAUUACCUCAAACGCCAAGCGCAGCUCGUCGUCGACGCGAAAAACAAACGCAAAACAAUGCGUUUCCCGAUCCCUAAAACUAAAUAAAACGUUAAACAAUCACUACACUCAUCAACUAAUAAAUUCGAAUGUUGUAUAAA